GUCGAGUCGAGUCGAGCCGCGCCGAGCGGAACCGAGCGGUGCCGAGCACCGGGGUCGUGCCAGCCGAAGGCUCCGACGCGCGCGAGUAGCACCACACCGUCGGAGCGUUUGUGUGCGUGCGCGCGCGUUGUGUACUCGCUCGAUCCUCUUCUCGCGCUCCGCUCUCUCCGCCGUCGUUAUCGCCGCGUAGUCCUCGUCGUCGCGAUCCUCGGCCGACAUCGUCGGUUCGCUCCUCUCGCGCGUGUACGCCGAGCGUCCCUUCGGCUGGCCCGCGCGCGUGUAUGGACGACACGCGCGCACGAGCCGACGAGGAUAUAGCCCUGGAUUCGUCCCGCUUACGCUCCUCUGCUCGGCUCGGCUUCGCGAGCACCGCCGUCACUGCCGCCGCCGCUGUCACCACCACCACCACCACCGCCGCUACCUCCUCCUCUACGACCACCGCCACCUGCCGCGUCGCGAGACGCAAGAGGAAGAAGAGAAGGCGUCAGCGGCUCGGUACGAGCAACGACGACGCGACCGGCGUCGCCGUCGCCGCCUCCCGCAGCAACGCCGAUACGCCGAGUAAUAACGAGACCGCAACCGUCGUCGUCCUCGACGCUGACGCCACCGCCGCCGCAGCAGCCAACGCGGGGACAGCGGACUCGGCGCGGGUCGAUAAACCGAGGAGCCGCCUCCUCGUCGAGCAGCACACGGCCAGCGGGGAAGUCCAGCUACGCGUCGGAGGAAGCGGCGCGCGUGCGGCCGCCUCCUCCGUCGGCACCGCCGGCGUCACGCUUCUCAACCGACGCGCCGGCAAACGCUCGCCACGGCGAUGCAACGUCGCCGGCGGCCGUAGUAGGAGCGCGACGACGAUGGACCUGCAGAGGCUGAUAAACGAGGUGCACGCGAGACCGGCGAUCUGGGACCAGAAGAACGUCAACUACCACAACCGCGAUGUCAUAUUGAAGAUGUGGCGGGAGAUCGCGAGGGCCUGCGAGGUGUCGACGGACGUCGCCAAAUCCAAGUGGAAGCACCUGCGCGACAACUUCCGGAACGAGCUGAAGAAGACGUACCGGGGCAAAUGCGACGGCGGCGGCGGCACCGAGCACGAUUCCAAGUGGGUCUGGUUCAAGAGCCUGUUCUUCCUGCGGGACCAAAUGAAUUCGAGGGUGAUCGGCUGCGCCAUGUCGCAGAACUGCGUGGGCGCGACGAUCAGCAUGCGCUCGUCGCCGGACGGCACGCAGAUCGAGCCGCAGAUCGACAUUCUCGAAGGCCACGAGGAGACGCAGUUCGACGACCUGGACGGCGACUCCUGCCAGUCGCUGCUGUCCAACGACGACGGCCUGCACCAGGUGAUGCCGCCGCCGAAGAUGAACAAAAUGAUCGGCCGGAAACGCGCCCUCAUGGACGCGAUCGACAACGACUACGCGAUCGAAGUGGAGCGGAAGCGGUACGAGUCCUUGCAGAAGAGGCUGGCAAUAGGGCCCGAGGACGAGGACGACACCUACCACUUCCUCAUGAGCGUGAGGAAUCCCCUCAGGAGUCUACCGCUCGACAGGCAGAUGUUUGUCCGGCUUAAGAUCCAAGAGUUGGUCUACAACGAAAUCAACUCGCAGAACCAGCAGACGGGCCGUGUCUACGACGUGUCCUCGCAGGGCCAGGACGUGAAGCCGCCGCGGACCGGCAACGGCGGCAACGGUGUCGGCGGCGACGUUGUCAGCGACAUGUCGAAUCCGGCGUCGUUGCUGCAGAACUGUACGCCCGAGGGCUCCAGCGACGACGCUUUUUUCGGCUGAGAAAGGCUCGUCGUCGCUCAAUUCGCGAGCGUGCUUAGCCGUAAGGAUUAUAAUUUUAUUAAUAGAGAAUAAACGAUGGUAUUUUUUCAGUAA